AUGGGGACACAAGUAGACUGUGGUGAAAAUUCUUUCUGGAGUUCGUUGGACCCAAGUAAAAGUGGUUCGUCUUUACUAAAUAAACUUCUACUGAAAGCUGCACGCACUGCUUCAUCUCCGAUUGAUUUAACCUCAAUGGUACGUAAAGAGGAGAAGCGUUAUGUAUACCAUCCUGAUGCGAUAAGUUAUCUUAUUCUACGAGAAAGAUCAAAUUGUCUUCCAGAGGAAUCUCAAGUGGAGAUGAAGAAAUUUAAUCUUGAUUAUAGUCGACUGAAUUCGUUUAUUCGUGAGAAAAAAGAAGUAAAUGAGAAAAUAUUGCGUACACUUAGUAGUGAUAGUUUGUCACACAAAGAAGAUAGACAACAAGAUUUGUUAAAAAUAUGGCGUCAAAGCAUACUACCGAAUUGGAGAACAGGUUAUCCACCGAAAAAAAUACGGCAAUAUUUUUGGGAAGGUAUACCUUCAGCUAUUCGUGGACAAGUUUGGUCUUUACUGCUGAUCGAUAAACUUGGAAUUACUCGAGAAUUAUUCAACGCUUGUUUAAGUGAAAGUAAACGUCAUGUUGAAUCAGAUAUCACUAAUCAACGCUGUGCAAGUGCUGAUUACACAACAAAGAAAUCACCUAUGUUUUUAAAAAGUGUAUUCUUCAAUUCCUCUUUCGAUUUAACUAAUUUAAAAACAGAUUCUACUAGUUGUAAAGUGUGCAAUUUUAUAUUGCGCAAGUUAAAUACAACACCAAUUAAACGAGAAUAUACACGUGCUUCUACUACAGAGUAUUCUACUUUUAAUAGUUUUAGUAGCAGUUUUAUGAGAAUGCCUCGAUAUGAUAGACGUUCUUCAACCAAUCCACUGAUGACUAUGUCAAAUAGUUCUCCGAAAUUAGACAAUUUAGCAUUUGGAUCAGUAUCUUUAACAGAUCGUGUUAUCAUCGGUCCACGUGGAGUUAAAUCGAAUGAUAUCUGUCGAACAUUUCCCGACUUGAGAUUAUUUCAAUUUGGUAAUCCAUAUCAUGAAAAGCUGCAUGAUUUGUUGGCUGCAUAUAUCACAUAUAAACCUGAUGUUGGCUAUGUCCCAGGAAUGUCAUCACUGGCUGGAAUGCUUUUAAUUGUAUUGGAUAAUGUUUAUGAUGCAUUUGUAAUAUUUGCAAAUAUUUUAGCUAAACCAUGUCAGCAAGCAUUUUACAGUUUAAAUGAAGAAAAAUUUUUAGUCUACGUGAAUGCUUUCGAUAAAUUAUUUGCUGAAUAUCUGCCUCAUUUGUAUGCCCACAUUAAAGCAGUUGGAUUCGAGACAAACAUGUUUCUAUUCGAUUGGUUUUUCACUAUAUUUAGUCGAACACUUCCAUUAGAAACUGCUAUGCGAUUAUGGGAUUUAUAUUUUAUCUAUGAAGAAUCUGCUUUAUUCUAUGCAGCUUUGGCAAUAUUGAAAUUAUUUGAAAAAGAUUUACUUUUGUGCAGUUUCAAUGAGCUGUCUUCAUUUCUAACUGAUAUGACACUGCCGAAUGCAUUGACACCUGAAGUCUUAAUCACAACUAUGUAUUCCUUUCAUCAUCAACAUCAACAUCCAACAAAACGUCAUACUGUCGCUUCAAGUGGUGGACUGAAAACAUCACGACAACAUAUUGCCAGUCAAGAGUCUUUAUUCAGUAUGCAUCAAUUGUUAUCCCUUUUCAAAGAUGAUUUAUCAGAAUCAUCAUUGAAUAAAUUUUCAUCCAAUAAUAAUAUUAGUAAUAAUAAUAAUAAUAAUCUGUAUACUUCACAAAUUUCCUUCAAUGAAUUACCAAAACUUUAUCCGCAUCUAGAUCAUUCAGCACGUAGUCCACGUGAAAUAUCCGAUGAAUCAGAUGGUGCUGUUGACAUUGAUGAUCAAUAUUUUAAUUUUAAUUCAAAGAAAUUAAGUUAUAAUUGGGAAUUAACAAAGAGAUCAAGUACUACUACUACUAAUAAUAAUAGUAGUAUGGAUCGAAUGAUAAUGCAUGCGCUACACAAUGACGCUAAUUUAAACGAAAGCAUGCACAAGACAAAUAAUACGUCAGAAGUGAAGAAAAAACAUUGUAGUAAUCCAUGCUUUUCUUAUCAUCGGACACGAUUGUCAUCGUCAUCAUCAUCAACGGAGAACAAGUUAACCAGUGGUGGUGCUACUCAUUCGCGUAAAAGUCAACCAGCUGAUGAUUAUUCACAACGGAGUAUAAAUCAUGAUGGUGAUGGUGAUGCAUCAACCUUUAAGUGGAUUGUCGGUAGUAGUAGUAGUAUAAUUGUUUACAAGAGAAUAGGAGAACUUCUCCUGAAAUGAUACCAUAGUUUGGAGAAAAUCGGGGGGGGGCGUUUUAUAUGAUAUAUAUAUGUAUAUAUGCACCUAUAGGAUAUAUUGUAUACCUUCAAAAGGGUGCCAUUUACAAUCACUUUACAAUUGUCAGCCGACUAGCCAGCUAACUGGUUAGCUAGCUAGCUAGAAGAAGGAGAAGCAUAAGCAGAAGAAUAACCGUACUCUCUGUACUCACUUCAACGUCUUUCAGUUUUCAC